CACAAACACAAGAAAAAUUCCAGGAAGCAGAAGUAGAAGAUGGAAGUGAAGAAAAUGUGUUAGAGAGGACUAAAGAAGUAGAAAAGGGCAAAUGUGGGGAGAAGGAAAAAGCUGGGGGAAGCAACAAACAAAAUCACGAAGAAGGCAUGAGGGGUGUGGAAGAAAGUGUUGGCAGAGGGGUGAACAAUGAGGAGGAAAAUUGGGAAGAUUUGAACACCCAAUUUGUGAAUGAGUUAAUCACAAGUGUGGAUGAAGUGGAGAAACUUGUAUUAGGCGAAAAAACUUCAGAGGAGCAUAGUCGAAAGGGAGAGAAAGUUGCAAGUGUGUGUGUCCAGGAGAUAGCGCAAGGAACUGGAAGUACAAGUGUUCAUGCAGACGUGAACAUAGAAAAGAGUGUUGAGAUCACAUGUGGUGCCGAUACAAGACCUAAACGAAAUGCAAGAUCACCAAACAAAUAUACACCAGCAGAGAAUGUGGUGGCUGCAAAGAGGAGACGGAAAGAAAGAGCGAGAAAAAGUGAGGAGGACCACUUUUUACCGGCUAGAAAGUAUGGACCAUUUGCAGAAAACCCAACUGAAUCUCCACCGGAAGAAGAAGUACGGAAGUUAGA